CUGCUGUUCAUAGCAAGAAAAAUCAAUAGUAGAACAUUUAACUUCCGGCUUGGAUCAACUGUGGUAAAGCGCUUAUUUCAACUUGGCUAUCUUGCCUGUGUACUUCACUUGUCAGAGUCUCAAAUAUCAACACCAUGUCAAAGAAGAGGGGAUUAAGCCUUGAAGAAAAAAGAACAAGGAUGAUGGAAUUUUUCUUUGAAAAGAAAGACUGUUUCCAGUUAAAGGAACUAGAAAAACAAUGUCAAAAAGAGAAAGGGAUCACCUCAAUGUCAGUAAAAGAUGUUCUUACCAGCCUUGUUGAUGAUGCUUUGGUGGAUACAGACAAAAUAGGAACUUCAGUUUACUUUUGGGCUUUUCCAAGUAAAGCCAGUCAAAAUAGAAAGAGAAAAUUGAAUGAUCUUGGGAAAAAUUUAGAAGAGUUGAAAAGGAAAAAGAGUAACUUGGCGAAUGCUAUUUGCAAAGCAAAGAUGGGGAAAGAGGAAAGCGCUGACAGAACCCAGGUCCUUGCAGAUCUAUCCAGAGCUGAAGAUGAAAGAGACAAAUUGCGAUUAGAAGUUGAUAAAUAUAAAGAAUGUGACCCAGAAGUUUUAGAAGCUAUGAAGAAAGAGGCACUUAUUGCCAAAGAAGCUGCUAACAGAUGGACAGAUAAUAUCUUUGCCACAAAAUCUUGGAUCAAAAGAAAAUUUGCUUUUGAGGACAGUGUAAUUGACAAACAAUUUGGAAUACCAGAAGACUUUGACUAUUUAGAGUAAAAUUUAAAACUGUCAAUAUCCAGUAGCGGACAGUUCAUUGAACAUUUCUUUCAUCAGAUGACCAAGUGACAUAAAAGUACAAAAUAAACCUGGAGACUUUCUUAAUAA